UGUGUGUGUGUGUGUGUGUGUGUGUGUGUGUGUGUGUGUGUGUGUGUGUGUGUGUAAGAUGGAGCCGGUGUGUGAGUGAGGGCUGCGGACUUCUCUUGAUCGCCUGAUGUUUGUGUUGUGCCGCCGCUUAUUCCCUGGUACUUGGACGUCACUGCGACCCGACCCGCAGCAACUUUUGGCAGAGGGUUGCCCGGGCAGAGGGUAUGGAGGCAAACACCGUGCGGGAGCCUCUGUUCAUUCUGGAGAGCGGGGAGGUGUACAGAAACCCCACAGAGGUGAAGAUGAGUCAGAUUGUGCUGCCCUGCCACGCCAACCACUGUGGGGAGCUGAGCGUCGGACAGCUGCUGAAAUGGAUGGACUCCACCGCCUGCCUCUCCGCGGAGAGACACGCAGGCUGCUCCUGUGUCACCGCCUCUGUGGACGACAUCCACUUUAAACACACCAUAGGGGUGGGACAGGUAGUCAACAUCAUAGCGAAGGUCAACAGAGCCUUCACUUCCAGCAUGGAGGUGGGCAUUUUGGUCACUUGUGAAGACCUCUAUGCUGACAAGCAGUGGAAGGUCAGCCAUGCCUUCGCCAGUUUUGUAGCCCGACGCAAGGAGGCCGGGAAGGUACAGCUGAAGCAGGUGAUCCCUCGCACACAGAUGGAGCAGAUGGAGUACAGCCUGGCUGCAGAGAGGAGGAGGAUGAGGCUGAUCCAUGCUGAGAUUAUUACAGACCUACUGAGCAGCAGCACCUCGCAGCUCGGCGAGUGUCAGGAGUACCAGGACGCUGUGCCAGCCGAGAAGACGCGAGUGGAGAGCGUGGAGCUGGUCCUGCCACCCCAUGCCAACCACCAAGUCAGCACUUUUGGCGGUCAAAUAAUGGCCUGGAUGGAAAAUGUGGCUACCAUUGCUGCUAGUCGCUUGUGCAACGCCCACCCAACCCUGAGGACCAUAGACAUGUUCCAUUUCCGGGGCCCGUCUCACAUCGGGGACCGACUAGUCCUAAAGGCAAUCGUCAACAACGCCUUCAAGAACAGUAUGGAGGUGGGUGUAUGUGCAGAGGCCUACCAAGGUGGAGAACCUCUCCGUCACAUAAAUAGUGCCUUUAUGACCUUUGAGGUGUUGGACAGUGACAGGAAGCCACGCACGUUGCCACGGAUACGACCCGAGCCUGUGGAUGGAAAAAGGCGCUACCAAGAGGCCAUUGCCAGAAAGAAGAUUCGCCUUGACAGGAAGUACAUCAUCUCCUGCAAGCAAACAGAGGUGCCUCUGUCUGUACCUUGGGACCAGAGUAACCAGAUGUACCUAAGCUAUAACAAUGUUUCAGCAUUAAACCUGUUAGCUGCUAGAAACAACUGGGUAUUAGCCUCAGAAAAGAAUAAGGUCAGUCUGUACACCCUUGAGGAGAACCAGAUGCUGUGUUUUAAGGUGGAGAUGCACGUCAACGUAUCGGCAGGACAGACGUUCCAUCUGCUGUCGGACCUGAGGAGGAGACAGGAGUGGGACAGGCACUACAAGGAGUGUGAGGUGAUCAACCAGGCGGAUGACGAUGACACUAUUUAUCGCAUUGCCACACCAUCUGUCAGUAAAGGGGGCAAAGGUCAGGAUUUCAUCUUGCUGGCAUCGAGAAGGAUACCAUGUGAUUCCAGGGACCCGUAUCUGAUCGCCCUGCGUUCUGUCACUCUUCCUACCCACCCUCCUACUGAGAACUACACCAGGGGUGAGGUGCUCUGUGCUGGUUUCACUAUCUGGGAAGAGUCCAGUUCUGUCACCAAGCUCACCUACUACAACCAGGCCACCCCUGGCGUCCUCCCCUACAUCUCUACAGACAUUGCUGGCCUCUCCUCCAGUUUCUGUUGCACUUUCUCAGCCUGCAGCCACUUCCUGGAAACCAACAAGGACAGCCUGGCGGCCCUGCCACCUUCUGCACUGUGAUGUCUAAAUACUUCCAUGGACCAUCCAGACAAUGGCGAAUGGGGAUGUCAAUUUCCAGUGUUUCUGAUUUUCUGGUUGAUUUUUAGAAAAGGUGUAUAUGAGGAAAAAGUAGUCUUAUUGGAAGGAGCGGUUUCAGCAAACCUGCUUUGAGCGUUUGCAGGGAGAUGCUGUCCUUUUCAGAGAGGCUGUGGUGUAAUGUCGCAUUCUCACCCUGCGUGUGUUGAACAUACCCACCUGUCUUUAAAAACGGAUCAGCGGCUUCAAUCUGAAGUCCUUCCUCCAACCUCCGUCCUGUAAGACUUCAUCAGUAAGAGUAUGAAAAUGUAGGCUUCUGUCAUUUGAAGAGUUUUUACUGAGUUUUAUACUUGAUGAGGUGUUAACGAUUUCAAAGCUGCUUAACUUUUGUUAGAAUUGUAAUUAUACAUGAAUUUUGUGCAAUACUAAUCCAUAGAUCAAUGGAUGAUUUUUGGGCAUCAGUAGUCUCAUACACUUAACAUGAUAGACAGGCAUCACCGCCAUGUAUGUUUGUAUUGGUAUAGUAUUUCUUUUCAACUAAAGUGAAUGAAAGGUAGCCCACGUUAUGCCAAGGGGUUCGAAUCAGCUUGUUUUGUAAUAGUAUAUUUUCUACCUCUUUAAGCAAAGCUCUCAACUUAUUGGAUUUUAGCCUUUUAAAGUAUUAAUGAGUUGAGAAAUCCAUUCAGUAUAAUAUAGUUAAUAUAUUUGAAUGCGAGACAGUAGAGUGCAGGCUGAGUUGAAGCCACGUGCACUGUUUGCUUGUUUUAUACAUCAGUGUGACAAACCGCCAAGUAUCUCACAUGACAAGCUGCCUUGGCUUCACUCAAACAAUAAACACAAUGGAACGGACCAGUGCAUUAGGUCUGCUUGAGCUGUUUGUUGAUAUUCAACCCCUUGCAUUCUUUGCAUUCUUAACCUUUUCCGUUUCAUGCACAAAAAAAGGAAACAAACAAAGCUUUCUUUUGUAAUGCACUGUAACACAGAACUUGUGAUUUUAGUGUAGAAGCAAGGCAUUCAGGGGAGUGUGAUUGGGUCUGGAUAAGGCUCACAGCUCUCGUCUGGGCCGCCCCCCCGUUGUGCGCUCUCGGCCAGAUUUGGAGAAGCUGGCAGCUGUGCUUGCUGGCCGGGUUUAGCCUGUCUUUGCACGUGCGCCCCUCAUUUUGUCAUCCAUAAACUGCUUCCUGGACAGGAACAAGAUCACAUGCUAAUGUAGACACAGGCAACCAUGUGCCAUGGAGGGCCGUCUACGAGAGCAACCAAUCUCAAACCAGGUGACUUCAAUGAUAGUCUGUCCUCUUUGGUUGAGGGUGUGCUAAAGAGCCACCCUUAUGAAAACUGUGCUUUACAAUCUCGUGUUUUUUGUUUUGGCAUUUUCCCCCUUAUUUCUCCCCAAUUGUGUCCAGCCAAUUACCCCACUCUUCCGAGCCGUCCCAAUCGCUGCUCGUCCCCCUCUGCCGAUCCGGGGAGGGCUGCAGACUACCACAUGCCUCCUCCGAUACAUGUGGAGUUGCCAGCAGUUCUUUACAGCUGACGGUGAGGAGUUUCACCAGGGGGAUGUAGCGCGUGGGAGGAUCACGCUAUCGGUUGUCAAUUAAACCAUUUCAGAUGGCCAAUCUGAUUCUGUUAAUAAAUUGCAUCAUCUAAU